UCCAACUGGCUAAAAGGCUGGGAUGCGUUGAAUUCUACGCGUAGUAUAGCUAUGCGGCGAAGAUUAAAUUUCGCGUUAUGUACGUUUAAUCCUGUAAGUUAGAUAAAUUUACUUUAGAAAAUGAAGUAUAUGUCAUAGUGUUUGUAAGUGUGCAUAGUAGUCAAACAAGAGUCGAAAAUCAGAAAUGUUAAUUGUAUCAGGUCUGUAUAUUUAACUGUGAUCUUCCUCUAUAUAAGUUUAGGUAAUUAAAUAGCUUUGUAACGCAAGGUAAAAGUAAUUUUCCUAUUGUAAAUGAAAUUAUAUAUAAUUGUUCCCAGUUUUAGAAAUCAGUGACAUUUGGAGAGCUUUUCGCCGUAUAGAGACCUCAAACGACCAGCUGAUAGAUCAAUAAAAAGAAGAAAUUUAUAAUCUUUUGAAAACAGUUUUUUACAGCGAAGAAGAUUCGGCUAUCUAGUUUUUAAAUUUGUUUUAACUACUGGGAAUUUUUAGAAACACCCGAUUUAGAAGUUUUAGAUAAAGGAAAAUGGAUAAUAACUGUUCAGACGGUGAGUUAAUUGUGCCUGAUAAUUUAAAAAGUUAUGAUUGUGAUACAUCUGAAGAGCAUUUAAGUGAAGAGUCUGAUUUUUUAGAACAUUCCGAAGUUCAGGAAGAAGAAGAAGAAACAACCGAAAAAUUUUCAGAAGUGCACCAACUUAAUCACAAUGCAAGAGCACCUUAUCAGUGUGAGCUGUGUAAUAAAACUUUCAAAAGAAGAAAUCAUUUAGCCCUUCAUCAUAUGUAUCAUACUGGAACUAAACCUUAUGCCUGUAACUUAUGCAAUAAGCGUUUUACUACACAAAGUAAACUUAAUGUACAUUGUCGUAUCCAUACAGGAGAAAGACCUUAUGUAUGCGAGAUAUGUAAUCGAGGUUUUACAACAAAAUGUGUUCUUAAGGUGCACAGUAUUAUUCAUACAGGACUAAAACCUCAUCAGUGUGACGUGUGCCAGAAAUGUUUUAAAACUAAAUAUCAACUUGAUGUGCACAACCGUAUACAUCUGAGUGAAAAGCCUUUUGUAUGUACAAUAUGCAACAAAGGCUUUGUAACAAAAUGCAAGCUUGAUGCCCAUUAUCCUAUUCAUGAAAAAGAAGGUAUAACUUAUGCUUGUGAAAUAUGUAAUAAAAUUUUCAAGAUAAAACGUAAUAUGGAGAAGCAUGUAAAUUCUCAUUUUGUAGAGAAACGCCUUCAUGUCUGUAUGGUAUGUCAUAAAGGUUUCAAGGAAAAAAGCCAACUUACUAAACACGCUCGAGUUCACACUGGUGAGAAACCUUAUGAAUGUGCAGCAUGCGAUAAACGUUAUGCCAGGAGGAGUGAUCUUCAUCUUCAUUUACUUACUCAUACUGGAGAAAAAAAUUUUGAAUGUGAUGUAUGUUAUAAAACUUUUGUAUCAGGAAGUAAACUUAAUUCACAUAAACAAAUUCAUAAUAAAGAUAAGGUGAUCAUUCGUAAGAUACCUAAUAAUAAAGAUGCAAAGCAUAUGUGUCAUGUGUGUAAUAAAAUUUUUGUGACAAGAUCUAAUUUGACUGUCCAUUGUCGCAUUCAUACCGGAGAAAAACCUUUUCAUUGUACAAUAUGUAAUAAAAACUUUAGAGUUAAGCCAGCUCUUCAAGCACAUAUUCUUAUUCAUACUGGAGAAAAGCCACAUGUUUGUGAAGUAUGUAAGAAAUGCUUCAGAACCAAACAGGAUUUUCUCAUGCAUUGCCGCAUUCAUACUGGAGAAAAACCCUACCUGUGUAGUGUGUGUAAUAAAGCUUUUGUAUCGAAGAGUAAACUUGUUGUGCACACUCGCAUUCACACUAAAGAAAGACCAUAUAUCUGCGAUAUAUGUACUAAAGGCUUCAAGUCAAAGUACCAGCUUACUGUACAUACUCGUUCUCAUCAAAAUGAUAGACCUUUCAUAUGUGAGGUAUGUGAAAAAGCAUUUAAAACAAAGGAUCAUAUGAAGUCUCAUUGUGCUAAAGUGCAUAAUGCUAAAAAGAAAAAUUCUGAAUGAAGGCACAUUUAACAAUAAACAGCAUAUGUAAUUAAAGAAAAUAUGUAUGUAAGCUGUGUAAUAAAUUACAUGACAUUAUAAUAUA